AUGGAAGCAGCACAUCCAUGGGCGUGCAGUGCCAAGACGCUGUCCAAUAAAGAAGUCGCUGCAAGACUUGUUUCGCUAAGUGCCAGAUCGUUGUGUCCGACAGCGAGUGCUGCCACCGCCUUUCGAGUGGGGAGGCGAUGUUUGAAGGACUUGGAGGGUGUUUUGGCAGUUGCGAUGAAGAUCCCACGGGCCGCUGAAGCACAGAGACUGCGAGUUUGCCGUACACGCUCCUGCACACGACCCUUCGUUUCUUUCCAACAUGCCGACACGAAGCAUGCACGAGAGCGAGAAAGACUGGAGACCGCCAAAGAACGGCUAGCACUGGGAGGCAUUGAUAAUGCGAAAAUCCAGACAGCGGUCUCGGCAGAUGAUGGCGGAGAUUG